GGCGAGAAAUAAAGAAAUAAAGAAAUAAACAGAGUUACUAACUUAGGAUCAUUCACAACAAUUGAAUGUCAUUUCACAUCAGCUUAAAAGCUCCACCACCAAAACCUUCUUCCAUUUCUCAUCUUUUUUCGUCUUCCGCUCUCCCAUUUUCAAAACCUAGAGGCGGAAGGAAUGGCGUAUAGGCGUAGCAUCAUAGCUAGAACAAAGUUGUUUUAUCAACAGCACCAGCGAUUCGCCCCUUCAUUUUCACAUAUUAGUAGUAGCGAUAGUGAAGAAUUGCCUGCUAAAAGCAUUUUCAGGAACUCUGAGAUCUGCGGCCAUUUUCUGAUAACCAGAAACAAUGCUGGCAAUUCCCUGCUAUCAGGAAAUGUAACUCGACUUAUGCGAUCUGAGUUUCAAACAGGCUAUGGGAUAAUUUUCCAGAGAAAUAUGUCGAAGGUGCCUUCGGACUUUGAGGUUCUAAAUGAUGCUGGGGAUUUUAAUGGCUUGAUCGGUGUGGUGGGGGAUAAGGCUGUGGAGGCAGCUCCGGUGGUGAAUGAAGUGGCCGUUGCAGCGGCAGAUUCAUACGCUCCGGUGGCUGCAUUCCAGUACUUGAUUGAUUAUGUGCACUGUUAUACUGGAUUUGAAUGGUGGGCAUCAAUUGCUGCUGCAACUCUUGUGAUCAGUUUCAUCGAGCUUCCUUUUCUCAUACAUCGGCUGAGAUUCAAUUCCAAAAACAGCGCAACUCUACGACCACAACUGCGGGCAGGUUUACAAGCCUUUAAAAACAAUGAUGAUGAUAAGGGAAUAGAGAUCCUUUGCAAACUUGCGGACAAAUUUGGUAUGAUUCAGUUUUUGGGAUUAAUAAUGUCAGAUGUAAAUAAGUGCCUUUUCUUCUUUGCGAUUUUAAACAUGGCGGAGAAAGUUCCCUCUUUUGCAACAGGCGGAACAUUAUGGUUCAUGGAUUUAACAACUCCUGAUAGCAUCAGUCUUCCAGUUCUGAUGGCACUGACUUUAUGGAUUAGAAGGCAGUUAAUAGAUCAGUUGCAUCUGGGAAUUCAUGCAGAAGGCAUUACACCUCCCAAGAAUGCGAACAAGUUUUUUGCAGCAGUAGCAUUGCUUGUGGCUAUCACUGCAAGAUUACCCGCGGCAAUAUACUGUUACGGGAUUGCCUCCAACCUCUUCUCAAUAGUAUAUGCAGUUGUGAUGAUGGACCCUCAAGUUCAGAAAUUGUUGGGGAUAUCUAAGAAACCACCUUCAGCUGAUGAAAAGAGCCGUUGAAGCAAUCAUAAAUUAAAUGUGCGUUUGGUGUUGACCAAAGGCUUUGAUGGACAUGUCAUGUAGUAACAUAUUUUUAGAUCGGAUGAUUCAAAGAAUUUCAGGUAGGGAUAGUAUAUUAUGUUUUUUAACUGUAUUUUUAGUUAACCUUAUAGCCAACCACUAUGACAAAAUUUUCUAGCAGUGAUAAUUUUUGAAGUAUUGCGAUAGCUCA